AGUCAGCUGUGUGGAGAUAUGGGGCCGUGAGGUGCCGGAGUCCCUCGGACCUAGAACCCCGACCAGAAAGAGGGACGGAGCCCAACGGGAGGAAGAAAAGGCGUUCUUGGUGGGGAUAUCGAGAGGCGGGACCACGAGGGGCUCCUAGAAUUGGGGUGGGGGGCGCAGGGCUGUGUCCGGGACUGCUGACGGCUCUCCUCAAAGACGCGGAAUGUGAGUCAAUCAGGGAAAAGAGCGGAGCUUGGGGCUGGCUGAGGCGGGGGCGGAGGGCUCGGGAGCCAACCUCCACAGACACUCCUCCAUCUGCCGGGGCAGCCCAGCCUUCCUUUCGCCUUGGACCCUUUCCUCCACCUACCUACUCUUCCCCCAGAGGCCAAGUCCUUCGGGAGCCAGCGGCGGCAGCAGCGGCAGUAGCUGCAAGCGGCUGCGGCAGCGGCAACGCUCCCUCCCUUCCAGAACAAGCCCUAGCUCGGAAGAAAAGGAAUGUGGUCUGGCCGGCUGCUGAGCAGCUUCAGGGCAGGCGCAGGGGCAGGCUCGGGCGGGAGCGUCCCGUCCUGAAGAGGGAUACCAGGCAGCCCGUCUCCAGCGAUGCUGCCAUGUUCCCGGUGCGCUGAUCUUCCCGAGGCCCAUGGGGAGCCUGGUGCCGGUGGCUCCCCUCCUCAUUCCCUUCCUGCUCCUCCUCAGUCUCUUUCUAUCUGCGGGAAUCAGGCCAUCGCGAGUGAGCUGGUGGGGGGCCCCCUGUUUUCAGCCUUCCCACCCGCUUGCAGAAAAUCUUGCCCUCAGCCUUCACCAGAGCCAGGGCUUGUCCACAAGGUCACAGUGUUCUCUGAUCUGGCGAUGCCUGCCCUGUUUCCACACCCAGCUCAUUCUGAACACGACAGGUCUGCGAAAGUACCGGCUUCACCUUCUAGUGCGAAAAUCCGACACAUUCCCUAAGUUCCAGCUCUGCCUGAGGCCCAGGCUGCCCCGCACUGUCCAGGGGAAGUGGCUACGAGCCUGCCGCCUGGCCGUCUCCUUCCCAGCAGUGCCCAGCUCUGGGCUGCGCUUAAAAAGGACCCAGCUCAGUGCUCCAGAGGGGGCUGACGGAAUGCCCCAGCAGCAUGGUUCCCCCUGGCAGAGAGGUGGGCAUGGGGGACCUGCAUUCUCCUUUGUGCUGCUGCCCGGAGAGAGGGCCGUUCAGGUCACAGCCCCGCCGGGGCCCAACAUCAGCGUGAGGCUAUGCCACCAGUGGCUUCUUGAGUGUGAGGAACUGAAGAGACCCUUCCACAAACAGGAGAUUGUGUCCGGAGGUCAUACGGUCCAGUUUCCCUAUGAGUUCCUGCUGCCCUGUCUGUGCAUAGAGGCAGCAUACCUGCACCAGGACAGUGUACGAAGGAAGCAAUGCCCCUUGAAGGACCAGCCUGAAGUCUACAGCAUGGACUUCUGGAGGUCAGUUAAGUUCGUUGACUACAGCUGCCAGGACCAGAUGGCCAUGACCCUAGACCUGCGUUGCCCAGUGAAAUUAGAGGCCUCCCUAUGCCAGAAACAGAGUUGGAACAGUCCAUGUGAAGACCUUCCCAAUGCCACAGUCUCUGAGUCAGAUCGGUGGUAUAUCUUGGAGAAGGUGGAUUUGCACCCACAUCUCUGCUUCAAGUUCUCUUUUGGGAAUAGUAGCCAUGUCGAAUGUCCCCACAGGAAUGCCUCCUCCUGGAAUGUAAGCAUGGCUAUCCAGUCCCAACAACUCGUCCUGCACUUCUCCUCAAAGACCCCAGCUGCUUUCAGCGCUGCCUGGUACCACCCAGGGGUGGAGCAUGGUGAUCUGCAGCCGCCGGUUUACUCAGUCAGCCAGCGCCUCGGUUCCAGCCCAGUGGAGGCCGAUCUCAUCGUCCCCUUCCCGAGCUCCGGGGGUUGUGUUCUGGUGUGGCGGUCAGAUGUCAGGUACGCCCAGAGGCACCGCUUGUGUCCUGACGUCUCUCACAGGCAUUUGGGGCUCGUGGCUCUGGGGCUGUUGAUGGGGGCCGCCCUGCUGGUGACCGUCCUGGCUUUGAAGGCCCGGGGCUUAAGGAGGCUGCUGACAGGCCCCGGCCGGCCCAGGCCAGUGCUGCUGCUCUACUCUGCGGACUCGGAGGCCCACCGCCGUCUGGUGGGCGCCUUGGCCGAGUUGUUGAGGGCGGCCCUGGGAGGCGGUGGCGACGUGAUCCUGGACCUGUGGGAGGGCGAGCGCGUGGCUCGCCUGGGGCCCCUUCCCUGGCUGUGCGGGGCCCAGGCCCGGGUGGCCCAGGAGCGAGGCACCGUGCUGAUCCUUUGGAGCCGGAACAGCGGUCACCUCUACCACAGCUGGCAGGCGGGAGGUGGGCCUGGAGCCUCCCAGGACCCCCAGGACCUAUUCCGCUCCGCUCUCAGCCGCUGCCUCCAGCCUGGCCUGAGCACCGCGGGAGGGGCUCGCCCUCCGAUGCUGGCCUUCUUCACUGAGCUCUGCGCCAAGGGGGACAUUCCCCGGCCGCUGCGCACUCUCCCCUGUUUCCGCCUGCUUGGCGACCUGCCCCAGCUACUCCGAGCCCUGGGCGCGGAGGACGCUCUCAGCAGACCGCGUUGUCUCUGGUCACGGCCGCGGCCCGGGCCUCCGGACCCCCGGGAUUGGCGGCGCUAUUUGCGGAACCGCCUAGAGCUGUGCCAGAAGCUAGAGCGGGAGGCGGCUCAGACCGUACCGCCGAGCUCGGACAGCGGCUGAGUUGGGAGGCCGUAGGUAGACAAACGUGUCCGUGCCUCCCCUCCUAGGGGACCUGGAAAGAGAAACGAGCCAAGGAGAGGCCAAAGAGCCCCCUCCCCGUCAUCAAUCUGGAGCCUCGGAAAUGGGUCUCCAACGGAGGGCGUGUGUGGAAGUGGGGAGGAAGGAGGCUCGGAGCACUGAUCAAAAGGAUUUGGGAUUCGGAAAUCUCUGGCGAGGGGCUGCCCCACCGACUCCCCCCAAACAGGCCUUUACUGGCGCCCAGUGCCUUCUCUUCUUGGGGAGGGAAUUCUCGCUUCAGUUAGGUUCAGAGACCUGGGGUAGGCGUUAGGUUUCCCCUCCCCCAAUCUCCGGGCGGGAUCCCAGGGAAAAGACUUUCAGCUGGAGAGGUGAGGUCUAAAAUGGGGAAGGAAAGCUGGGAUGGGAAGCAGACGCCAGAGGGGUACCGGCGGCCGCGCCCGGCUCUGCCCUUGACCUUUGCCUGCGCUCCCUGCUCGGCCCCCAUUAGCCCCAAGGUAUAGCGAGGACUCCGGAGGAAGGCACCGAGCCAUGAAGCUGGCCUGGGAGCUGGGGAGGAGAGGCCGUUCCAGGCCAUCGUUUACGGAUUAGGAUGGGAUGGGCUAGGGCUAGGCGGAGCAAUCGUGACCGACGAUGCCUGGGGAGCCUGGAGGAAAUCAUUAUCUAAUUCGAGACCAUAUUCUGGGAGAGCAGACGAAGAGGCACUCCUCCAUCCUCUGGAAAGCUGGGGUGGGAGGACAAUGACUGCCUGGGCUCUUCUUUUAGCAGACUUAUUGGGUUAAAAGUGAGAAUUCAACUGGCGUGUGAGGUAACAUUUUUAAAAAGUCAUUGAGGGGUGGGAGAGAAUUUUAAGUCGAAAAUAAAGCAUUUUAAAUAUAUGUUAAAUGUAAUAUAUGCUACUAAAAUAUUUUAAAAUACACUGUUAAUAUAUUUUAAAUAACAAUCUGAUGUUCUAGAUUCACAGUUUUAGAUAUUCUAAAUUUUCUGGUCUUUGUACAUGGAAAUCAUGAUGUUCACAGAUACUUUUUUAGCUCAUAAUUCAAAAAAAUGCAAUUAAAAAAAAAGGUAUUGCACAAAAUAAAGUGAAGGGCUGACCAUCCAAAAAA